AUGACAUCCACUUCCUGUAUUAGUCCUGGUUUUGCCUGAGUUUGUUGCUUUUCUUUACUGUUUGUCUGUCUGUGAGGACUGAAUGCAGACUUUUGAGUAAAAAACGGCGCCAAGAGACUCAGACUGAAGAAGGACAACAUUUGUGUUUUCUCCUUUGUUCUUUGAACGAACAUUCAUUUUAGAAAUGCAUUUUUCCCUGCUUCUGUUUGCCUGUGCACUUUGUGGAUCCACCCUCGCCCUCAACAAUGGACUGAUGAGAACGCCUCCCAUGGGCUGGUUAGCCUGGGAACGGUUCCGCUGCGACAUCGAUUGUCAAAAUGACCCCAAGAACUGCAUCAGUGAAAAUCUGUUCAUGGAUAUGGCAGACAGACUCUCAGAGGACGGCUGGAGGGAGCUUGGCUAUGUUUACGUCAACAUAGAUGACUGCUGGUCCUCCAUGGAGAGAGAUGAGAAUGGGCGGCUGCAGCCUGACCCCAAGAGGUUUCCAGGGGGAAUCCGUAAGCUGGCUCGCUACAUGCAUGACAGAGGUCUGAAGCUGGGCAUCUAUGGGGACAUGGGCACCCACACGUGCGGGGGGUAUCCCGGCACCACGCUGGACAAAAUUGAAAUCGACGCACAGACCAUUGCUGACUGGGAGGUGGAUAUGUUUAAAUUUGACGGCUGUUACUCCAACGCCACCGAGCAGGAGCAGGGUUACCCCCUCAUGUCCAAGGCUUUAAAUGCCACGGGCCGUCCCAUUGGCUACUCCUGCAGUUGGCCUGCCUAUCGUGGCGGACUCCCACCAAAGGUAAAUUAUACUCAACUUGGGGAGAUCUGCAACCUGUGGCGUAACUAUGACGAUAUCCAGGACUCUUGGGACAGUGUGCUGAACAUCAUAGACUGGUUCUUUGAUAACCAGGAUGCCCUGCAACCUGCAGCGGGACCUGGGAGGUGGAACGACCCUGAUAUGCUCAUCAUUGGUGACUUUGGUCUCAGCUUGGACCAGUCUCGUUCUCAAAUGGCGCUCUGGUCAAUCAUGGCCGCUCCUCUUUUCAUGUCCAAUGACCUUCGCACCAUCAGCAGUGGAGCUCGGAGCAUCCUGCAGAACAAAAUCGCCAUUGGCAUCAACCAGGACGCCAUGGGCAUGCCGGGAAGACGCAUUUUAAAGGAGAAAAGUGGUAUCGAGGUGUUCUGGCGCCCCUUGUCCAACAAUGCUAGUGCGUUGGUAUUCUUCAGCAGGCGUACUGACAUGCCCUACCGCUACACGUCCUCCCUGCGCCAGCUCAACUUCACCACAGGCAGCUACAAGAUCAUUGAUGUCUUCACAGGCAAGAUGGCCUCCCUGAAAGACUCCACUGAUUUUGUGGUGUCGGUAAACCCCACAGGUGUGGUCAUGUGGUAUGUCUCUGCACCUGCAAGAACAAACCUCAACCACCUCCGUAGAGGCCAGGAAGCCCACAGAGUUGCUGAGGAGAACUUUAUUCCUUAUGUUUUCCUUUGAAAGAUCUUUACUUUCCAUGAUUUAGCAUCUUCCAAAUCAAGUGGAGGUUUUUUUCUCCUGCUCGCUGAAAGAAAAUGAGAUCUGAGCACUUUCAAAUGCUUUUUUUUUUCUCACUUUCUGUAAAUUCUUUUUUAUAAAUUAUGAAUUAUUUUUACACAGAAGUACUUUUGAUUUUUUUUUUUUAGUUCUUGUGUUUACAGUUAAUCUUAACUCAGGAUUGGGACUCAACAGCCCUCACUUUUUUAAAAUAAAUAAUGUGAAAUGUAAUCAGGCGUCAGUAUUUUGUGACAAAUGUUGCUGCGUUUUGUAAUGCAAUAUAUAAUACAUACUAAUGUCUAUUCUAUUUUGUUAUAAGUUACAAUGUUUUAAGUAAUAUCAGCUGCCUGUUGUCUGGGGUAAGCUGAUUUGAGCUUUUUCUAUUAUGAUAUUGCAGCCCUUAUAACUUUUUGCUGAAAAAUAAUAGGAUUUCAUCACUAAAAAGCAAAAAACAAAUUGAAAUUUUGACAACUUUUGGAUUCUGUUUCUGCAGACAGUCUAAUUCAAUAAACACGACAAUGAUCUGUGUACGA